CCUGUGCACCUGUCAACCGACUGUGAAUGAAAUGUCAUUGUCAAGACCGGCUCUGAUUGUUCAUAAUUGUGUGACAAGUGUUUUUAACCACCGUUUCGCGACUUUUCUCCACCGAAGUCUGGCGAAUUUUCCCAAAAUGAGUGAAAACGUGGAAAAGCUCAUCCAACACCUGGCUCCACCUCUGACCAGCGACAAACACAAGGGCCAAGCCGGCCGGAUAGGGGUUUUCGGUGGCAGUUUGGAGUACACCGGUGCACCGUACUUCGCUGCAAUCACCUCGCUCAAAGUCGGGGCCGAUUUGAGCUACGUUUUUUGCGCCAAGGAGGCGGCGACGGUGAUCAAGUCGUACAGCCCGGAGCUGAUCGUCCACCCUCUGCUGGACGUCCCCGGCGCGGCGGCCAAGAUCGAGCCCUGGCUGGACAGACUGCACGUCGUGCUCGUGGGGCCGGGGCUGGGCCGGGAGGAGGAGACUUUCAAGGUCAUGGACCAGGUGCUCUCCCUGUGUCGCUCCCGCAGGAAGCCUCUAGUCAUCGACGCCGACGGGUUGUACUACGUCUCCCUCAACCCGGACGUCCUCCGCGACUACCCCUCCCCUGUUAUCCUCACCCCCAACGUCAUGGAAUUUGCAAGGCUAAUCGGCUCCAAUGGGGAAGGGAACAAAAAGGAGCAGUCCCAGAAAUUCCUCGCAUUAGCGGAAAAUAUCACCAUUUUGUGUAAGGACCACGUGGACGAAAUUUUCAACAAAACGUCGCACGUGUCGGUGGCUGGGGGCGGCUCGGGGCGGCGGUGCGGCGGCCAAGGGGACCUGCUUUCGGGGGCCGUGACGGCUUUCCUCGCCUGGGCUUUGGAGGAGCCGACGCGGCUUUCGGGGUGUCCUCCUCACGAUCGGCCUGUGAUUGCCUCGUAUGCGGCCUGUAAGCUGGCGAGGUUGUGUAAUCAGAGGGCCUUUGCGAAGUUCGGGAGGAGCAUGACGAGCACUGAUAUGAUCAAGGAGAUCCAUGAGGCUUUUGAGGAGAUUUUUGAAGGGAAGUAAAGUUGUUUGAUGAUAA